AUGCUCCCUCGCCAGACUGCCUCCCCUGCGUGCGUCGUCCCCAUCCCCCACCUCGAGCACCACUGCCUUGUCCCCUACGACCCGCCAAGAGGACCCCUCCUCUCCCCCUUUCCCUCUGUCGCCGGCGCCGUUCGCGACGCCCCGGCCUUCUCUACCGCGCGCAUGCACGUGUCGCGCUCGUUGUGGCCCUACUCGGCGUCCUUGCCUCCACCCGCGCCCACGAGCGCUUGCGCUCAUCGCGCUCACCGCGGCCUUCUCCCGCUCGCCCCCGCCUACACGCCGACCAGCUCCCGCCGCCUCUACUCGCUCGCGCCGGCCCCGCCCGCUGCCUCGUUCUGCACUGCUGCUGACGCCGAGGUCGCCGCUGCUCACCUUGCCUGGCCAUCGGCGCCCCUGCACCUCACCUCGAGCCCCUGCUGCAGCCCUACCGUGCGCUCAUGCGCGCCCGCCCACACGGGGCCGUGCCCGCCACCGCUCGCUCAUCGGCCGGCCCGUGCUGGCCUCGCCCACGCCGGCCUGGCGACUUGCCAGGUCCGCCGCCCUCCCCCGCGCCCCUGGGCAUGCGCCCACUCGGGCUGCGCUCAGCGCCCGCACCCGCGGUGCCUGUUCGGGCGGCGCCCGCAGUACCGAACCCACUAUGGCCUCGGGCCAAUGACAUGUGGGGCCCCGCCCCAAAACGUUUUUUAA